AUGCAGAGCUUCCCUUCUCGCAGCGUCAUGGUGAACCGAUUGUCGCACGUGCGAAGCUUUUCGACAACACCCUCAAUAUCGGGACCAGAUGGUCGCAGCGUGCCUGACAAGCGCGAGGAACCUAGUAGUAGCAGCGGCGGCAUCGAGUCUUCAACUCCCUCUCCAACCCCAUCAAAAGCAACCACCACACCCACGAUCUUCCCUCCUCCACACCUCCCGCGCUCCCUAACCCAAGCGCACGAGAACAUCUACACCCUCCCCAACAUUUUGACAUUCUCGCGCCUCCUCGCGGCGCCCUUGGUGGGCUACUUCAUCCUCCAUCACGAAUCCGUCCUGGCACUCUCAUUAUUCGCGUACGCGGGCAUCACGGACCUGGUGGACGGGUACCUCGCGCGACGCCUUAACGCGCAGACCGUUGUCGGCACGGUGAUCGACCCGAUGGCAGACAAAAUCCUGAUGACGACGUGCGUGCUCACUUUGACCGUCAACGGCACUUUACCUAUAUGGCUGGCCGUCAUCGUUCUAGGCAGAGACGUCGCGCUGGCGAUCUCGGCAAUCUACUUCCGGUGGAUCUCGCUGCCGCCGCCCAAAACAUUCACUCGGUACUGGGACUUUUCGCUCCCGUCCGCAGAAGUCCACCCGACAGAGAUCUCGAAAAUUAAUACCUUGCUGCAGCUGUUGCUGGUGGGUAAUGCCAUGUUACUUCCCGUCCUGCCCACGGGCUUCGUCGAGGCGUGGAAUCUGUGGGGAGUCAUGGAAGGUUGGUAUUACCUUGUCGCCGGCACGACGGUGUGGAGUGGAUUAAGUUACUUGGGGAAUAAACAGGCUGUGAGGAUAUUGACGAGGGAGGAACAAGGGGAGAAGGAAAAGCAGAUGGUUGAAAAGUGA